AUGCAGCUGCCACAGACGUCGCUCAGUGUGUUCCUGGUGCUGCUGUUGCUGUUGUGCCACGAAAAUAAAUUCCACCGCUGGAAGGUGAACGCCGCCAUCAGCGCCUUCCAGCCGACCAUCUUCGACAACGCGCAGUGGCGCGUCAUCUUUCACCUCUACCGCAACUUCACGAUGAUGAUGGCCGGCCGGACCGGCCUGAAGACGAGCGGGAACUUUUUGCAGAAGAAAAUCCCGGAAACCGUACCCUUCCCGUGCGAUGUGGCGCUCGGUCGGAGCCACGAACCUCCGACCAGUGUGCACAAGCUUCGUCCCGGUGACAUAAAUGUAGUGGCGGCGAUCGGCGAUUCCGUCAUCACCGCCAGCGGGGCGGCGGCUACCAGCUUCCUGCAGCUGUACACCGAAAACCGAGGCCUAUCGUGGUGCAUCGGUGGCCAGUGGGGCUGGCGGAACGCGACUACGUUGCCGAACAUUUUGAAAAUAUUCAAUCCCAAGCUCGUCGGGUAUUCGUACCGAGACUCGUACAGCUUCCACUGGGACUCGCAGUUCAACAACGCAGAAAUCGGUGCCAUCUCGAAGGAGUUGCCACAUAUGGCCGCCCAGAUGGUGAAGCGCAUUCGCACCGAUCCGCGCGUCAACUUCCGCCGGGACUGGAAGAUGCUGACGAUUACGAUCGGCGGCAACGACAUCUGCGCGUACGUGUGUACGCUCAAGGACCCGGAGUCGCUGCCGACGCAGCACCGGCGUUCCCUGCUGAAGAUGCUGCGCUACCUGCGCGACAACUUGCCGCGAACGCUCGUCAACAUCGUGUCCGUGCCGGACGUGUCGAAGGUGGUGUCGGUCAAGAAGAAGCCGAUGAUCUGCUGGAUCCUACACCACGCCGAGUGUCCUUGCUGGGUUGGCCCGAUGCACAACUCUACCAAAGAAUCCCGAGCUAGAUGGGCUCGCAUACAAACGCAAUACCGUAAGGUCGAGGAGGAGGUGGCCAUGCUGGACGAGUUCCGUGGACUCGACGAGUUCGCCGUCGUACACCAGCCGUGGACGAGGAACCUUUCGCUCAUGAAAGGGAACGAGGUCGACUACACGCUGCUUUCAUACGACUGCUUCCAUAUGAGUCAGAAAGGCCAUGCACAAGCGGCCGUGGCUUACUGGAACAACCUGCUGGAGCCGCCGGGUAAGAAGAGCACCGGCUGGAAACCGGGCAUCGACCUCUUCCGGUGUCCAACACAGGAAUCUCCCUACAUCUACACCUACGACAACAGCUAG